AUGGCACUGCGAUGGCACUCGCCUAAUUUCUCGCAGAUAGCAAUGGACAUCCUGUACAAUCCAGACAAUGGCGCGCCUUUCUUCGACUCUAUUCUCUUUCGAGAAAAGGCGUUCUUCACCUUCUCGUUUGUUUUGAAUAAUUGCCCUGAGUCUACACACGCAGAUCUCGUCGCUUUAAAAUCGAAGGUUGUAUUAUCAGCUUAUUUGCAAACUCCGUUGGUACACGAUGCGGCCUAUGAGGAAGCGCCAGGCCUGGUAGCGCCCAUCUAUGCGCUGGACCACCUGCCUCCUACGUUUAAUCUUCCCUUGGUAGGCCGAAGGUUGGGCCACGCCAAUCAUAAUUACAACAUUUAUGGUGUAACGUGGAACUUCGGGGACACCGUUGUCCAUCUCGCACUCCAUCCCUCAGGCUAUGAUACUGUUCUAUAUUCUGUGGGGUUCCCUCCUCUCAACUCGACAUCUCUCCCGCCGAUGCCGGAUCUCACUCCUGAUCUGACACAAACGGCUUUGAUCUCACUGCCCUCGGUUAUGAUCGUGCCUAGUUCUUCGGAAUCGUCUGGGCGAUAUCCCGCCGUUGAUCGUUUACGUUACGACCCUCUUGCCAGCGCAACUCGGGCCUAUAGUCCUGCCGCUGACUCUUCGGAGUCUGGUUUUUUUGGCUCAUUCAUCAGUUCAUCCAUCCUCGAGACUUCUCACAACGGCACCUCCGCAUAUCUGGCGUGCGGAGGCGACCCCAAUGCCCACAUGCCCCUCACCACACAAACAACUGGUGCUCAUCGCAGACGCAGGAACAAAACCGAAAACACCACACUGCAAGUUAUUUCGAACCAGUACCCCAACUGGGGAAAGGCUCUUGCCAACCUUUGGUGCAUGAUACGAGCCGCUGUUUGUUGCGGGGACUGUUCCAAUCUGUUCCUAAUCGUCAUGUCCGAUUAUGUUACUGAGCGAAAGGUGCUGCUUAACUCCCUCUGGCCCGAUGCUCUGACUCGGUCAAAUUUGCAGCUGCAGGACUUGGAAAACGCAAACAACACUCCCAUGUCUGAAGCGGACAUCCUGGCUCUUGGCGACGCUUGGUUUAGUCUCUUUAUGCAUGACAACAAGCGUCUGGUUACUUCGACACUCAAAAGCAAUCGCUCUGGCUUUGACCUCAGCGCAAUCUUCGGGACUGCGCUUAUUAGUAAGGUCGUAUCAAUCCUAUCUAGGCUGAUGCCCCCACAGUCAAAUCGUCUUCCACUCGCUGAAAAUGGUUUAGCGUGGUUUCUCCUCCACCAGGUCACAAAAGAGUUUAUGUACCAUGUGAUCUUCCGGCACAACAGCACACGAGGCAAUCGUAUCUGUCUUGCGGAUCUGCGCCCCGCAAUCUUUAGGCAUGCAGCAUCCCCGCCCGUGACGACCUUGGCCUUGGCGGUGACCACUUGUUAUGCCGUCCUGUUGAACUUCCUUGAUAUUGAAGUCAUAGACUUCUAUGCAUUCAUGACUGUGAAAAAUUUUCAUGCGCAUAUGUGCCAGACAAUUCCUAUGCUAUUCGAACAAUCCAACGAUUCUGGCCACGCAGCAUUUAUGUUGGCUAUGAAAACGUUAUGUGACAUCAGGAGGGGCGAUGUCGAACGAGUGAGCCGGCCUAAGAAGAAGAAAGCAGCCGCCUAA